UCUGAGCCUUUGCUGUUUCCAUGACCUUCCCCAAAGCGAAUAACCUCCUUCGUCCCUCUCCCUCUAAAAGACCCACAGAUUUCCCGGCCUCUAAGCGCCCCGUUUCGUGCCAUUCUGUUCUCGGACGCGCUCACUGCGCCUGCGCCACUGUCGCCACCCCGCGCGCCUCUGCCGUUUGCAGCCCGCGGCGCUUUCCCCUCCGCGGUUCCUCCCCGAGCCGCCCCCAGUGCCCACGAUUCCGCGGCUCGGCCGACCAGGGACCGCGCCGACUGGGAACUCGCCAGGCCGCGUAGUCCCUUGCAAGGCCUAGGGGCCGGCGAGGCCGCAGAGGCGGGAUGGGCCUGAGCCCGGGCGCCGAGGGGGAGUACGCGCUCCGCCUCCCUAGGAUUCCCCCACCCCGCCCCAAACCCGCCUCGCGAAGCGCCGGUACCGGGCCCGAGGACCAGCAGCCUGCGCUCAGACGUUCAACUGUGCCCCACGCAGGUCUAAGUAGCAUUUCCCCCCUUGAAUUAGAAGAAUCCGUGGGAUCCGCAGCGUUGGUCCAGCUCCCAGCCGAGCAGCCUCCGCAGGGCACAUUAGAACAGGGCAGAAGCAUCCAGCAAGGGGAGAAGCCUGUAGUUAGCUUGGAGACCACACCCAGCCAGAAAGCAGACUGGAGUUCAAUUCCAAAGCCUGAGAAUGAAGGCAAGUUAAUAAAGCAAGCAGCUGAGGGAAAACCAAGACCCAGACCUGGAGACCUGAUUGAGAUUUUUCGAAUUGGCUAUGAGCACUGGGCCAUCUAUGUAGAAGAUGAUUGCGUGGUCCAUCUGGCUCCCCCGAGUAAGAGUGAGGAGUUUGAGGUGGGCAGCAUCACUUCCAUCUUUAGCAAUCGGGCCGUGGUGAAAUACAGUCGUCUGGAGGAUGUGCUGCAUGGCUGCUCCUGGAAGGUCAAUAACAAGCUAGAUGGAACGUACCUGCCCCUGCCGGUGGACACGAUCGUCCAGCGUACAAAGAAUAUGGUCAACAAGGUGGUGCAGUACAGCCUGAUUGAAGGGAACUGUGAGCACUUUGUCAAUGGCCUCAGAUACGGCGUAUCCCGGAGCCAGCAGGUAGAGCACGCCCUGAUGGAAGGAGCGAAGGCUGCUGGAGCAGUUAUUUCAGCUGUAGUGGAUAGCAUAAAGCCCAAACCAAUAACUGCCUGAAGGUGAUGAAAACUCCAGCUAGAGGAAGAGCUACUGACACAAGCAAAAAGAACAUGCUUCCUUCCCUUGCGUUCUCUCAAUGGCUCCGAUUAAGAAAAUUGUGAACUUCUGGAAGAAUCUACAAUGUAUCCAAUUACCCUUCCAGAAAUACAUCCAAUAUAUACGAGCAUAGACCCACAGACUCUCAGGAUGGGAAGGAUCUGGUAUCUAGUGUGUAUCUCUGAUGCGCCAGGCACUGUGCUAGGCAUUUCAUAUACGGAUCUAAUUUCCCUCUCUUUGUAGGAUGGGACCUUGCUUGUUUCUUAGGCUUACCUUGGUCUCUGAUGCUUGAGUGCCAUCAGAAACAUCCCAGAAACCUCUGCUUGAAUAUUUCCAGUAACGAAGAUGUCUUUUUCCAGAUGUUCUUUUUAUUUAACUAAAAUGCCUCUAGCUUCUUUCUGUUUAUGAUAAUCCUGCCCUUUUCGACCCACAGUGUAGCUCAGAGGAGGAGGACCUUAAGAAAAACUGAGAUUCGUUAUUCAGGGCCCACUGUACCUUAAUCAAGAAACACAUAUCCCAAGAAAUAUUUUCUUUUUAAAAUUAUACAUCAACUUUAUGCCUUAUUGUUUAAAAAUCUUCUAUCAAAAGUAUCAUCAAUAAGACAAUUUAUCUUGCUUUUCUACCUCAUAAUUACCCUAAAAUGUGAAGUUUCUAGUCUCACUGAUUUCAGAUGAAUAUUUAAAAUAAUUUGAUAAGUUUAAUCAAUUGAACUCUACUGUGUGAGUGAGGGAGAGAAAGGAGUUAUUUUUGUGUUUUGAAGAAAGUUGACAGGAUGGAGGAUCUGAAAUUAUGGCUGGGGAUUGUAGUGACAGCUGGGAGCUGAAGCUACCCAAUAAAGCUAGAGAAGUA